AUGCAAAGCGCCGAACGCGGUGUUUAUGAAAUCAUGGAAUGUUUGCGCCCUGAAGCAGUCGCUUUAGUGGAUUCGUUCGACUUCUCCGAUCGUGAGCUUCAUUCUGUGCUUGGUCGACGUGAUGGUAACGUUUAUGCAGCAAUGUUGGAAUGGGCAAAACAUUCGAAGUUGAAUAAAACUGAAGUCAUAGCAACGUUCGAGAAGUAUCUCGGUCCAAUGAUGGAAGAAGGCCGCUCAAAAAUCUAA